AUGAUGGAAAAGACCAAUAAGAGCAGCCCAAUGGGGUUCAUUCUAUUGGGUUUUUCUGACCAGCCUCAACUACAGAUGGCCCUCCUUUUCAUCAUUACUAUAUUUUACAUCCUUACCCUGAUGGGGAAUACAACCAUCAUUCUGGUCUCUUACCUGGAUCCCAAACUCCGCACACCAAUGUAUUUUUUCCUCUCCAACCUCUCUUUUCUGGAUAUCUGCUUCACCACCAGCAUUAUCCCCCAGAUGUUAUGGAAUCUUAGUGGUACUGAUAAGACUAUCAGUUACAUUGGUUGUAUUGUGCAGCUGUAUAUUGUUCUGGGAUUGGGCUCCACUGAGUGUAUUCUCCUGACUGUCAUGGCUUAUGAUCGCUACAUUGCAAUCUGCCGCCCCCUUCACUACACUGUUAUUAUGCAUCCAAGAUUUCUCAAACAGUUGGCAGUUGUCAUUUGGGUCAGUGGUUUUGUGGGACCUUUGAUUCAAGCAAUAUUGACUUUUCAAUUGCCUUUUUGCACUCACCAUAGGGUGGAAGGUUUUAUGUGUGAGGCUCCAGCCUUGAUCAAAAUUGCUGCUGUAGAUACAACCUUUGUGGAAACUGAACUUUCCAUAGCCAGUAUUCUCUAUGUUGUAGUACCUCUGGCUCUUAUCCUGGUUUCUUAUGGCUGCAUUGCUAGAACUACAUUGAGGAUGAAGUCAACUGAAGGUCGCUGGAAAUUAUUUGGAACCUGUGGUUCCCAUCUGAUGGUUGUAGUCUUGUACUUUGGAACCAUAACUGCUGUCUACAUACAGCCCAAAAAUGCAUAUACUCAGAAGCGGAGUAAGUUUUUAGCCCUCUUCUAUACUGUGGUGACCCCUACCCUCAACCCAAUGAUCUAUACCUUGAGGAACAAAGAUGUGAAGGGAUCACUGAGGAGGUUGCUGGGUUCAAACAAAGGUUCUAGGCAUAUGUAA